AUGACGACAAGCCCGAUCAAUCAGCGCUAUCUCCCCAAGCAAGACGAAGUGGGUGUCGUUGCUGUCGGCUUUUCUGGUGGCCAGCCCAAGGUUGGUGUCGAUGAUGGCCCGCAGGUCCUGAUCGACUCAGGCCUCCUCACCCAGCUGAGCCAGGAUCUCGGCUACAAGCUGUUUGGCGACGACAAGGUGAACCUGUACCGCGAGCUCCUGCCCCAGAGUGAGAAUGCGGACCCACCGUUCCGCAACAUGAAGAACCCGCUUGCGGCCUCGGCCGUCACACGCCGCAUCGCCGAGCAGACCUACGAGCACUCUGUGCAAGGUCGCAUCGCUCUGACGCUGGGCGGUGACCACAGCAUCGCCAUCGGCACCAUCGCAGGAACCGCCAAGGCCACCCGGGAGCGCCUAGGUCGCGAAAUUGGCGUCAUCUGGGUGGAUGCGCACGCGGACAUCAACACGCCCGAGUCGAGUGACAGCGGCAACAUCCACGGCAUGCCCGUGGCCUUCCUGACUGGCAUCGCCAAGGAGGAGCGCGAGGAGUACUUUGGCUGGCUCAAGGAGGACAUGCUCCUGAACCACAGGAAGCUGGUCUACAUUGGCCUGCGCGAUGUCGACGCUGGCGAGAAGCGCAUUCUGCGCGAGUACGGCAUCAAGGCGUUCAGCAUGUUCGAUAUUGACAGACACGGUAUCGGGCGAGUUGUAGAGAUGGCCCUGGCCCACAUUGGUGCCGAUACCCCCAUCCAUCUAUCGUUCGACGUGGACGCCCUGGACCCCCAAUGGGCCCCCAGCACUGGAACUCCCGUCCGCGGCGGUCUGACCCUGCGCGAGGGAGACUACAUCUGCGAGAGCGUUCACGAGACGGGCAACCUCAUCGCUGUGGACCUGGUCGAGGUGAACCCUAACCUGGCCUCGGACGAGAAGGGCAAGCAGGAGACCAUUAGAGCCGGCUCGUCGCUGGUGCGCUGUGCGCUGGGAGAGUCCCUUCUAUGA